AUGGACUCUUGUACAGAAGAUUCGCUAAAGACGGUUGUUCAAUCGUUUCUGGGCUUUACUUUGCUGAAUUUCUUGUCUUCCGUUAUUUGUAAGCAAUUCACGGCAAGUUCUUCGAUAAAGAUCAUCAUCAUGGAUUCUACAUUCUACGCAAAUCUCGACAGUAGAAAACGUGCCCUGUGGGAUAACACUGUCGUUAGUUAUGUACAUGCUUUCAUGUGUUCAAUCUUGGCUCCAUUAUGUUUUUAUAUGUAUCCACAUGCAUGGCAUGAUAUGAUUUAUCCACAUGCUCCAUUAUGCAAUACACAGAUUGCUCUUUCUACUGGGUAUUUCUUCGCCGACAUGUUUGACUUUUGGGCCAAAAAUAUUUUCAUGAACGACAUAUCAAUCUGGGUGCAUCACGUAGUGGUCACAAUAACGUUCCUCUCAGCAGUUGCAACUUGCAAAUUCACGCCGUAUCUAACUGCGACACUCUUGGUAGAGAUUACGAACGUGUUUAUGCAUCAACGCAAAUUAUACCUUAUCGCUUACCGCACGAAAGCCACGCGAUUUUUCAAGAUCAACUCGUUUUUGCUGUUUCUAUCCACAAUCUUUAUUCGUAUCGCAGUACAUCUCUAUCUACUUGUGCAUGUUUGGCAAGGAUACAAGAAUUUCGAGUCAAUGAUAUACUGGCAGAUAGCAUUCUUGGGCAUGUUGGUAAUGAACUUUUUGAAUAUACAACUAUUCAGGCAGUUUUGGCAAUCCGAUUGGUAUGGCUCGGGUGAGAAGUACAGUAUAUUCGCCGAUCCUUUCGGUUGUCUAUACUCAGUCAUGGUGAAUUACAUAGUAUCAACAAAAGCAUACACGAAGAUUCUCCUCCACGCAACCAAGCAUCCAGCCUCAACUGUUAGCGGUCUUCUCACUUCGGUAUCUUCUCCUGCUGAUGGCACAAUAACCAUAUCCGAUGCUAUCCCUCUACUUCAUCAUUGGGAUACAUUAACACCAAUGCUCGAAGUCGGACUACAUCAGGCAGAGAUCUAUGCACAAAAAAAGGAAUUGCAAAUUGUCGGGUACUAUCAAGCGAACGAGGUUGACUCUGAUAAAAAUUUGACUUCUACUGGAGCCAAGGUCGCGGGGAAAAUCAAAGACAUAUACGGGGAUGCUAUUGUAUUCGUGGUGAACAAUACAAAGCUAUCUCUGACAAAGCCGGAAAUUGCCAUUCUACCUUAUAUUCAUAAAGAAAACCAGUGGCGCCCGGUAAACAAGUCGUUUGACGAUCCCUCGUCAUCUUUCAAUCUCGAUGACCCGAAUGCUAUCAACAUAGCUGCCAAGGCAAUCGCUGAUGGGCAGAGUCAGAAUAUAUAUGAUUUUGAUGAACAUUUAGAGGACGUAGGAUUGGAUUGGCUGGGAAAUGGACUCGUCUCGAUAUAA